UCCUGAGUUAGUAGGCUAGCCAGGGGUUGUCGUUGUAUGUUAAAUUAUAUGUAGAGAUAAGGGAGUGACUUUCAGGCUUUUAUCAGUGCACACUGUCUAGGCACGGACUUUCUGACGACUAACCUGGGGCUGAAUAGUUUGCAGUGUCAUGACAGGAGCAAACGCGAGAAUAACCUGAGUGGAUUAUCAUUUGAACGCAACGGCAGCGCUGUUUUCGUCAUAGACCAAAAUCAGACGGAAUAUUUCUAUUGACAGUUUGAGAGAUGAGAUGAGGCUCACCCAUGUCAAAUUUGGAUGUCUUCUGGCUUCUGUUUUUCUCUCUCUAACCUGGUUCACCGCUUAUAAUGGAAAUGACAAGGGUGAACCCCCCUACGACCCUAAGAUGAUCCAGCUGUAUGAACGUCUGCUGGCUGCAGAGUCUAGGGGGGAGCUGGUGUACAGGGAGCUCAGCAGUCUGCUGACCAGCCUGAGGAACCUCACCAUACCAAGCAACAACUCCUCCACUAAUAUCACAGAAGGACUGAUAAAGAGAAGACUCGGUCUGCUUUCCCCCAGACUGCCCAAUGCUUACCUCUACCUGCCCCACCUACGGGACCACGCAGACAGCCUGAAUCCUAACGUCGUCCUGGGACAGGGCCGGGCUGGAGUGUCCCUGGUAUUGGGGAUCCCUACGGUGAAGCGUCAGAAGCAGAGCUACUUGGUUAGCACCCUGAACUCCCUGCUCUACGACCUUUCACCUUCUGAACGAGAAGACACCGUCAUCAUCGUCUUUGUUGCCGAGAUGGAUGCAGAAUACGUCAACACCGUAGCAGAACUCAUUAAGCAUAAUUUUCCUAAGGAUGUGCACUCAGGCCUGUUGGAGGUAGUGUCCCCUUCUCAGUACUUCUACCCCAACUUCCGCAGACUCAGGGAAACCUUUGGAGACUCCAAGGAUAGAGUCAAAUGGCGCACCAAGCAGAACUUGGACUACAGCUUUCUGAUGCUCUACGCACAUGAGAAGGGAACCUAUUAUGUACAGUUGGAAGAUGACAUUGUGGCUAAGCCUGGUUACUCUCAGGCCAUGAAAACAUACGUCAGAUCACUGGCCUCGGAUGACUGGAUGUUCCUGGAGUUCUCUCAGCUCGGCUUCAUCGGCAAGAUGUUCCGAGCCCGUGAUCUACCAAUGAUAGCAGAGUUCUUUCUGAUGUUCCACAAAGACAAACCCAUUGAUUGGCUGUUGGACCACAUUCUGUGGGUGAAGGCUUGCAACCCAGAAAAAGAUGCGAAAGACUGCAACCUGCAGAAGGGCCUGCUCAAGCUGAGAUAUAAACCCUCUCUGUUUCAACAUGUAGGCCUUCACUCCUCUCUGCCUGGGAAAGUACAGAAACUGAAAGAUAAGGACUUUGGGAAGGUGCCACUGUUUGCUGCCCACAGUAACCCUCCUGCAGAGCUGAGCAGUAGUCUGAAGCACUACCAGCAGCACACCCUGGAGAGGGCCUAUGAGGGCCAGGACUUCUUCUGGGGCCUGACCCCUACCGCUGAAGACUUCAUCCUGCUCAGCUUCCCGCAGCCACGCACUGUCACUGGGUACCUGUUUCGCAGCGGAAACAUUGAGAUCAAUGGAGACAAGUUUUAUAACACCACCGUGGAGGUGCUCCCUAGUGACAGCUCGGUGAGAGACAGACUGGUGGGUGGCCAGUCACCUCAAUACGAAGGAUCUUACGGAGGCUUCAUAGUGAUUGGUUCCUUUGUGGAUGGGAUGGCGGAGGGACAGAUAGACGCACAGAUGCAGCCCAUCUCUGCUUUACGUCUACUGGUACACAGCAACUCUGACGUGUGGGUUUUGCUCAGUGAGGUGAGCUGUGUGCGCGAAUGAGGAAGUGACAGGAAUUUAGUGUUUCAUUAGUCAGUCAAGGGUUCUCUAGAUUUAAAGGUGUGUCCAAACAGCUUGUAGGUGCUGUGUCCUGAAAGAGGAAGUGGAUUUGUUUCACGAGAAUGACAAGGGCUCUCUUCAGUCCGUAUCGCAGAAGUUCAGCAUUAACGGUGUGAUUGAAAUUUAAAGGCAACAUUCCCGCGUUAGGGAAGACUGCAUUCAUGGUAAACGGUGCAUAUGUCAGCUCAAUAGGAAAUGACCUUUCAAUUUCUAUUGAACAGAGCCCUAAGUCACAUUCCUACAUAGUUCCCUUUCUUAACUUAGAGGGAACUCUGUGAACUUAUUUACAAUAACCAUCAGUGUGUCUUGGUACCUUCAGUAGCUCUGGUGUCAAUUACAAUCAAACGAUAUGAGAACAAUCCCUAACAUUCAGUUACAAGUGUGGUGACCAUCAACCCGUGCACAAACGAGUGUCACAAAUAGAGCACUGGAAAUCAUGUGUUACAGAAAGAGAAAACAGCAAUAUGCUAAGCUUUGUGUUAAUUACUCUUAAUUAUUCUUGACUGAUUAUGUGGGGCGUUAGAGCUCGUUAGAGAGAGUGUGUUUCUGUGUAGGAUUACAGCGGCUAAGGUUUGGUUAAUGCUCAUGCUUGUCCCUGUCUGUCAGAUAUUUAUUAAACUUUGAUGAAGGGAAGAAACAGGAGAAACCUGAGGGAUCUGCCUCCCUGCCUGUUACACUCCACACCUGGACCAACAGCGACCUCUAUUGGACAUGGAUAGUCAAUGCAGUUUCUCUAACCGUCUCACCUGUUACUAGAAUGGAAGUACACACACACACACUGUGGAUGUUCUCUUCGCCCUUCGGAUACUUUUUCGACCUAUGACUAUAAUGUGAAUCUGGAAGAGACAGUUUCCGUUUGUGUGUUCCUAAAUGAGUUUGUCAAUCAAUUAGAGCAUUUCCACGUUUGUGGAAGACUUUAUACUGGACACCAGCUUUCAGCUGCGGCUUUAGUCUCCGUUCUCUAGAGGGAAAACAUGAUUUAACGUGUACAGGGCUAUGUUAGAGUAUAACAACGACAAUUCAGCAAGAGAUGAUUUGAUUGAUACACUCCGCCAGUAAUGAAUGCAAUGUGUUUGUUUGUGUGUGUGUGUGUGUGUGUGUGUGUGUGUGUGUGCAUGCGUGCGCGUGCGGUGUGUGAGAAAAAGAUAUGGACUGAUGCAAUGAUUGUAUGGCUGUAUUAUUGAGUGUUAGUUACAUUGUUUGCGCAAGUGUGUGUGAGUUCAUGUCUCUGGCCAAAAUGCUGUUGAUCAAUUCAUUCCACAAGUUAGUAUUUUGCCAUAGGUGCAUUUCCCUGGUACUGAACUGCAAGUCUGCUAGUUUCAAUGGGGAUCAAUCACUCCACAUGUAGGUACUAUGUGCUGUAUAUAAAGAAAGAACAUGAAGGCA